UUUUGUACUCUCUUGCCCCUACUCCUUAAUUCUUCAGCUAGCGAGCCCAAUUUCUACCUGUUCUCUUCCAUUUUAUCUGCAAACACAGGUUCUUUUCAUUCAUUCAAUUUUAUUACCACUCAUUCCUUUAGCCAUCCCAUACAAAAAAAAACUCCACUCCCUUCCACAUACUUUGUAAUGUCUAUGUUCGAUCGACGAGUCGCGCCACAUCUUUCUAAGCCAAUUUUCAGUUCAAACGUGGAUUUAACCACGUUUGAAGAUAGUAAUCACCUCGAUAUAUUUGAAAAGUCGAAUUCCAACAUCACGCAUGAUGCGGUCAAACGAGCCACAAGCACACAAGCGCUUGCAGAUUUCUUAGCCAGUACCGGACCCGAAGAGUUCUUUGAAAAAAACGCAGCUAAACGAGGCUCUAAAUUAUUUUCACGUCUUCGAAAGAAAAAUUCCACCGUUGCCAAACCUCCUAUCAAUGACACUCCAAGAAAAUACGUGGAAAUUAUUCCUAACUACCCACAACCUCGCGACGAUUGGAACAACGGUGCUGCACCAGUGUCUUCGGCAGCUACCAAAUGUGCCAUGGAAAUCUCAAAAGCUCUCUCAGCGCACAGUCUCAAAAUCCCACCUCAACAACCACCACCGUAUCAAGCCAUCAAAGAUAUGACCCAUGUUGAGCCCAGAAAGCCCCUCAAGGAAAAUCGCAGCCCCAGCCUUUCUACGACCACGGUUCCUCCCAUUCCUCUAAAAAAUGCUAGAAGAAAUUCAAAAAUGAGUUUAGCUUCUUCCUCGGGUGAAACAGUGACUCCUGUAGAAGAUCGUCGCUCAGAUGGCGGAGCACGAAGAAAAUCUGGAAGACGCUCAAGCCGGGGUCAUGAGAUGGACCUUGUUGAAGCUGCCUUGUCACACCGCAUUGAAGCACGACGAAAAUCAUUUGCUUCAUCUAAUAGAAGUUCAUCAGCUACCACUGCAAGUGACUUUGUAGCCACCGAAAUUGCCAAUGAACACGUCAAAGCCCUGCAGCUGACUAGUGCAGGACAAAUUGAUGCCAUUGAAUCCAACAGUCACAGAAAACGACGAACUGCUACCGUGAGUAGUGUUCAAAGCACCAAUACAACCGCUACAUCCCCUGUAUCCUCCACCAGCACAACGACCAUUCCCGCUGCCGCUCUUAACCGACGACGUAUACGCCAUGCCCAAGUGCAAACUGCCGAUCUCCCCUAUAUUUCCCGCGGCUCCGCCGUCACCAUCGAAACUCAAACCGAUACAACCUCAGAGACAGACAGUGACACUAUUAUGACAGAACGAAAAUCAUCUAUGCUUGAAGAUGACGACUUGACGAAUGAACUUUAUCGAACUAUCGAAUUAUUGCAACAACAACUUGCCGAAGAACAGCGAUCUAAACGGCGACUAGUGGCCGCCAUGCGAGACUCACGGGACAAAUCCGAACUGCUGAGUGCUCUCGCCUAUAAGAAACUUCGAGAACUAUGGGAAGAAAAGUGCAAAUGGGAAGGAGAUUGCCUUGAACUCAGAGAUCGAUUGAUGGAACUAGAAGGCUCAGAGAGCGGUAGCAGCAUGUAAGCUUGAGCAUCUAUGCUCCAAAAAGAAACAAACUUCCCCCCUUGCCGAAAAUAACCAACCAGCCAACAAAAAAAAAAAAAAAAGAAAACGGCCAUCAUUUCAUUCCUUCUAAACAAACCCUAGCACUGCCCUCUCCAGGAAGUUAACCAUUUCCUACCUAAACAACCCAAAAAAAAAAAAAAAACAAACAUUGAACCGAUGUCCUUCUCUAUAACCUCCAAAUCUAUCUAUCGCCUCCCCUCUAAUGCUUCCUCUAUUACCCCAAACUUAUUAGUAAUUCAUUCCUUAACCCAAUGCACCAAUCAAAACAGAAGUUAAUAAACCUGAUUGUAACAAAAUGUUGAGUAG